AUAAUCGAUCAUCUGUUCGGAAUCAUUGACCUGCAGAUAUUUUAGAGUUUAUCAUUUUUAAAAGACCUAAAAAUGUUACGUUUCAAUUUAAUCGUGGCAGUUAGCGAGAAUUUCGGCAUAGGCUUCAAGGGCGACCUGCCAUGGCGCCUAAAAUCGGAGCUGAAGUACUUCAGCCGCACUACCAAGCGCACGAGCGAUCCGGCCAAGCGCAAUGCUGUUGUGAUGGGCAGGAAAACAUACUUCGGAGUGCCGGAGAGCAAGCGACCUCUGCCCGAUCGCCUGAACAUAGUUUUGAGCACCACACUCCGGCAGGAGGAACUGCCCGAGGGGGUGCUCCUCUGUCCCAGUCUCGAUGCAGCUUUGAAGCUUCUCGAAGAUAAGAGUGAUGUGGAGAACAUUUGGAUCGUGGGGGGCAGUGGUGUGUACGAGGAGGCUAUGGCCUCGUCAAGAUGCCACCGGCUGUACAUCACCAAAAUCCAGCAGGAGUUCGAGUGCGACACCUUCUUUCCCGCAAUCCCCGACAGCUUUCAAGAGGUGGCUCCCGAUUCCGACACGCCACUGGGCGUGCAGGAGGAGAAUGGCAUCAAAUACGAGUACAAGGUCUUAGAGAAACAGUCAAAAUAAAGAAAUCCACUUAUUUA